GGUAUAGCUCCUGGGAAACCCUGGUGUGACGGUCUAUGGGAGUCUCCCAUGUGACGGCAUCCCCUUGUUGGGCCCCAUGGUGGGUGGGGUCACUAGGAGCUGAAUUUUAAAAUCUAAAUAUGGAUUCAUUAAAACCUAAAACAUGUACUGAUGCAUUACCACCAGCCUACCUUAUCGUUCAUGCCAUGGGAGAAACACCCCUAUCUAAACGCUCCCCUUUUUUGAUUCAAAAAUUGAGGUCAGGAGAUCUACUUGUAGAAGCAGCCUCCCCUCAACAGUCAGCAAAGCUUCUGAAAAUGAAGUCUCUAGGAGACAUAAUGGUAACCAUCACACCACACACAAAUUUGAACUCAUCACGUGGUGUGAUAUCUGAAAGCGAUCUGAUGUCUGAGGAUGAAUCGGAUAUUCAGAUCGGUCUUUCAGACCAAGGUGUCACUGCUGUUCGACGAAUUUCAAUCCGUCGAGAUGGCAAGUUGAUACCAACGAAACACCUUAUUUUGACUUUCAACAAACCAACAUUGCCAUCUUCUGUUGCGGCAGGAUAUCUCCGUUGCCCAGUUCGCCCAUACAUCCCAAACCCGCUACGUUGCUUUAAAUGUCAGCGGUUUGGACACUCCCAAACAUCAUGCAGAGGAAAAAAAGCAUGUGCACAGUGUGGAAAUGAAGACCAUGAGAGUAAUGAAUGCACAAGUUCUCCAUGCUGUGUGAACUGCAAAGAUGCUCAUCCUGCCUACUCUCGGAAAUGCCCUUCAUGGCAGAGAGAGAAAGAAAUUCAGCGAUUGAAGACUAUUAAUAAUAUAUCCUACCCGGAGGCACGUCGUAUGGUCACCUUAAAUACACCAGUGAAACAAAAGACAUUCGCUGCUGCUCUGAAAUCCACAAAGACAUGUGGAGUUCAGACAGACAUUUCUGUUUCACCCGAUGAAUCUCUGACUCGCCAUGAAAAAUGUCUGCUGAUACCAUCUACCAAAGCAACAGAAAAAGAGAAUAACAAAGCAAAACCACUCAUACCUAAAACAGGGGUAACAACUAGGAAUGUGGGUUCCAAAAAAGCCAGUAAGAACCCACUUAAUAAACAAAGAAUAAAAGCAGCCCUGUCUAAAACUAAAAAAUCAGAGACUCAGUCUAUGAGCGAGUUCUCUGACUUCUCUGAUGAAGAGAAUAAUAAGGGGGUGACACCACCAACAUCACCUCCAAAAGAAAAACCCCCUGUGAAAUUAAAGAGGGACAACCUUGCUAAAAAUGCUGCCUCAAACACAUAAUGGAUUAUAAAAUAAUCCAAUGGAACUGUCGUGGUUUCCGCAACAACUUCUCUGACAUUAAA